AUGCCAGAAAUCAAACUUCAAUCAGCUAUCAUCUUGAAAGGCCCGGGUGAAGCCAGUGUGGUUAAAGACUUAUCCAUUCCAUCGCCUGGAAUUGGCGAAGUUUUGAUCAAAGUGCAAGCAGUAUCUCUCAAUCCAUCGGACUGGAUGGCACGGGAUCAUCUCGGAAGACCUGGUGCGGGAAUGGGCUUUGACUUCGCAGGUACGGUAUUAGAAGUGGGCGAAGGCGUUCAGAAAGUGAGGUCUGUUGGAGACCGUGUGGCUGGGUUUGUUCAUGGAUGCCACGGUGCCAACUAUUCUAUUGGUGCUUUUCGUGAAUAUUUGACUGCAGAUGCUGCUCUCUUAAUUCACAUACCCUCUAACUUGGAAUUCACCGAGGCAGCCACGCUCGGUAUGGGUGUUAGCACAGCAGCUCAACACCUUUAUCAGAAUUUACCAUUGCCAAUUCCCUGCAAGACAUCAGUGCGCACAAACCAAGCCAUUCUAAUAUAUAGCGGAAGUACCGCAACUGGAAGUCUGGCAAUUCAGUUAGCUAAAUUAUCCGGCUUCAAAGUAAUUACAACCUGCUCCGAGAAAAAUAUUCCCUGGCUCCACAGCCUUGGUGCAGAUGCAGUAGUCGACUACAACCAAAUCGACGCAAUCCGCCAAGUUCGCCGCCAUAUCGAGGAUCGCGGCCUCUUCAUAAUCUUAGACUGCGUCUCCAAAGACGCAACCGCUGCCUUCUGUUACCAAUGCUUCGCGCCCCCGCUCAGUGCCGGAAACGAAAAUGCCCCUUGGACUUUCUACUACGCCUCGCUCAUGCCGGUGAAGAAUCUCCCCCCACCGCCAAUAAUGAUUCCUAAGUCGGCAAUUAUCCAUGCGGAGUGGAAUAUGGUUUUCACUUGUUUUGGACGACGGUUUACAAUCGUUAAUGAGGGACUUGGAUUGAAUCGGACCUGGGAGCCGUCGGCUGUGGAUAGGGAGUUUAUGACUUUUUUCUAUCGUUGUGUAGAGCAGAUCAUUCCGCUGGGGAAGAUAAAGCUUAUGCCGGUGGAAGUCAGAGAGGGGGGUCUUGAAGGUGUUUUGGAGGGGAUUCAGCUUGUUAAAGAUGGUGGUGCGCUGGGGAAGAAAUUGGUUUAUGCGCUGUGA